AUGGCCUGUCUUGUACAACACCCCCCAAAGUGCAGGGUGAUCCAAAACCCCUUUCCUCAUACUAACAAUAAUGAUAUUGUUCGAUUUGGACUGGCCUCGGCCAUUGGUGGCCAGUACCUAUUUAUCCAUGGAGGAUCAUCUGGUCUUAUGGACCAACAAAAGUGCAUCAACAAGAUAUUGGGGCAAAAACUCUCGUCAAACAUCAAUAUCUUUGAUGAUCUUUGCCUUCUAGAUUUGGUAUCUCUUGAAUGGACACAGUUAGAUGGGACCCCACAUUCAAAUAAUAUGAGCAAAGAUCUAUCGAAUGCCACCUUUGUUGAAGAAAUUACCCAUAAUACUCUUAAAAACCCCCCAGGUCCCGAUCCUCGGUUUUGUCACUCGAUAGUCUAUCUUAAACAAAAAUUAUACCUAUUUGGUGGCGUGUCUCGCCUGUCAAAAAAUACUAUUGAGAUCCUCGAUGAUUUGUGGGAAUUUGACCUUGUCUCCCGUAACUGGAAAUUACUUGAACUUCAUACUUCAUGCGGUCGUUAUAACUCAUCAUUGCUAGUCAUCAAUGAUGCCAGCUCGAUUUUCACCCCGUCGCCCACCCAAAACAACUUGCAUUGUGAAGAUUGCUUAGUUAUUGUCGGUGGUCAAACCAUAAAUGGACCAUCAACCAAUGUGUUUGGAUAUGUGCUAUCUACAAAAUCUUUAGUAGACCAAGCAUGCUGUUCGCUAAUGCAACUGUUAGAUACCCAUUCAUUUAUCUUGUCUUUCUCCCUGAGAGGAAAAUGUCUGAUAAAUGAUGCGUUACUCUAUUUUUCUAGCGCCACCAACGUCUUACAAGUUUGGUCAAGCCAUCAUAAGGGCCUGGAGGCAGUCCAUCUGAAAACUCUUAGGAUACCGAUUUCCAAAGAUUUAAAAAAGCUUCAAGGAUUUUUUGUAUGUGAAAACACUCUAUUGAUCACCGGAUACGACCAACAAGGAAACUUUUUGCCGCUUUUGGUCAAUAUUUCCAGUGGGAGCUACUCUAAAUUAAUCACAAAAUUUCCCAUGUAUGAAGUUGGCCAACAUUUAAUAUUAUUAGUACAGUAUUGGCAAUCUCGAGGAAAAUUGGUACUUUUAACUACACCAGGAUCCAACAAGAAUCUUUGGAACUCAGUUAUGUUCAGCCUUUCUAGUAGCAUUUUGCAAUUUGGAGAAUCAAAAUACUGUCCUCAUCAACAAGAUAAUUUCAAAAAACUAAAAGAAGAGUACAAGAGAUCUGUUCUUUCUGACUCUUCUUUGGAAAUGGUGCCGUUAUCUGACGCUGGCAAAUUCGCAGAAAACGAUAGUAGUUUUGUACGUUUUGAAUAUGAAAAAGAAAAUGACAAUGAAGAUGAAGCCAACAGAAAAACUGAUUUAGAGUUUGAAAAUUAUGUGAAAUAUCUUGUCCCCGACUCGAAACCAAUUUAUGGAACCGCAAACUUAACCGCUCCGUUUUCUUCUCCCGCGGUGGCUUUGGGCCGUACGGUUUUUCAACACUACUUAACCCCGAAAAAUGAUAGUCUCAGCGAUUUCCAAAUGAUCGGGUACGAUGAAGAGUUUGUUCCAAUUACAUUGAAAGUACUUUUAAGUCGCUGGGGUACCCAUUUCCAACUGAUUCUUGGCGUGGCGUACGCGAAAACUCUUAAAUUGUUGACGGAAAAAUUAAUAGCAGAAGAAGCUGAUAACUCGAAAAGAAGUAUCGUUAGCAGGGUAUCGACGGCCACUUUAGGUCAUCGAAUAAGCUCGAUUGCCAGCAGUUUGGAAAAUGAUGCUAAUAUUGACGAUGCCUUGAUGGAAGAAGAAAUAUUGGAACUUUUCAAGAGCCCAUUGACGUUCACCUUAUUAACCAGACCUGGGAAUGAAAAAACUAUUCGGAAAUACUCCAGUAGCUCGUACGCUAGUAGUAUGACUGGUAUCCCAAGACCUGCCACCGCUGAUAGUUCUAAUGCGGCUCAUACCCCAAGUAUUGAAAUAUCACCAUCCAGAUCAAGUACGAUAAAGCCAACCAGGGAUCCUGCUAACGCCGCCACCACCCAUUUGUCACAGGUGAAAUCUGCAUUUAGCCAUAAAACAACAAGUCCUCAAAGUAGUUUGUCAGAGUUCAUUAAUUAUCCAGGCAUUUCAUCAAGGAAAAAUUCGGUAAUUUCUAACAAUAGUAGCACUUCUAGUGCUUCUGAUUCAUUAAUUGAUAGCAGGCUUAAGUAUGAUCUAAGUGGGAGUAGUCCGUCUCACAAUUUUUUGGGUCCGUUACCUAAUGCAUUGAGGCGGCCAAGUGCAAUAAGUACCAAAAGUCCACCUCUUGCUUUAUCUGACGAGAACCGUAGCUCUGGCCUGUCCGGCUCAAUCACCGUGCCACAGGCCUCACCAAUUCCAGAGUUUGCUCCACCAGAAGUUCCGGUGUCACCGAUAUCAAAACCAAAGGUGUCACGAACUUCAGAACUCCCACCUACUUCUGCGAAAACCCCAGUGGUAUUCAAGUAUUCAGACAAGAUCCGAUACAAAGAUCAUGGGCUCAUGGAAGAAUCUUUGCCUCCAAAACCCCACCAUCCUCUGGUGAAUAUUUUACAGAGUUUCGGUAGUAACCCAUUUCGAGAAGCAAGUUGGGCCGGUACCAGUGAAGCAAGAAUAAUGAAAACGAUAAUUGAUGAAUACAAGAGAAAAUUGGAAAGUGAUGGAAACGCAAAUAAAGCGGGUGCCGGAAGGGAUCCAUCAUCCCAAAAAUCACUGCAUUUUUUGCUUGAACCACUGCUCAUUCCCAGAACAUUAUACUUGCCAUUCCAUUCGAGUGUUAUCCGCUCUCUUUCAGAGUUUUUCUUGACCGGCCAGCUUAAUGGUAAACUAUCCAUUGCACCAAUUGUCACCGAUUUAUACAUUGCGGCAUCGCAAUAUGAUAUACAAUUGUUAGGAGACUUGUGCAGCGAAGUAUUAUUUGCGGUGGUGAAAAAGAAAGAGCAAUCGGUGAUGAACUAUAUUGAGUUUUUGGAUUGUGAAUUGAAUGAACUUGAAAAGAAGAACCAAGAUGAAGCGCAAACUGGCGAAUUAAAGCUGUUACACAAAACAUUCAAUGAUAAAUUCUGGGAUUUUCGAUCCAUGGUUUCUGGAAAUUUUAAAGGUGAUCAUUCUUUUUAUAUUGCCAGGGCGUUGGCAAAAUAUAACCGGUUAUUAAGGUCCAAAAAACUUGAAAAAUCGAAAUCCCUUGAUGAUGGGGAUGAGCAUCAAAGUUUUACUGAUGAGGAAGCCGCGAAAGAAAAGGAAGAUGUUUUUGUUGACGAUAGUGAAGACGAAGGGUACGAUACCGAUGAAUAUGAUAAUUUGUCAUUUGGAAUUUGCGACACACAGUAUCCCGCUGAAAAGCACAAAGAAGUUGCUGGCAAGCGUUAUUUAUCGUUUAAUAUCGAAGAUAUCAAUCAAGGUAUCAGAAUUCCUUCUAAUGAGCUAAUUGCCACGAUUUAUGAAACUGCUGGGCUUGUCAUGGAUAAUCUAUUGUUGAUGAGAUCGAUGUAUCUUUUGCAUAUCAUUGAGUUAGUUGAAUCAAUGAAAUCACCGAUUGAAUUGAAAAUUAAAGCCGACUAUGCUGCCAUGGCCGCAAGAGAAGAAGCAGAAACGAAAAAACGGCAAUUGGAACUUAAGAAGAUCCAUUUUGAACAGGAAGCCAAAGAAAAAGAGCGGAAACUCCAGGAAAAAUUGAAACUUCAAGAAAUGGAGAAAUUGAGCGUGGCCAAGGAAUGUAUUAGAGAAGAGCAAUAUAAGCGACAACAGCUGAGAAAAGUCGCCUUUGAUGAGCAACCAACGAAAAACCGUUCGUCGGAAUAUUCUGUUGGCAAUAAAAUUUCCACCAGCAACUUGGAAAUCGCUAUGGAUGCUAACUCUUCGAAGGCAUCUUUAGGGUCUACCAGAGAUAAUAAUGGCAUGCUCGGCCUCCAACGUGUGAAAUCAGGACCUUCAUGUGGCGGCUCGGUUCAACCUACUGUGAGAUCAUCCACUGAUUCAAUAAGUGAUCCUGUGUCUAAAACGGAACUGAAAGAUUAUUUUUCAGAUAGUGAAGGGGGUGGUACUAUCCCCCAUGGUAUGCAUCAUAAUCAUUUUGCUAAAUUGAAAAUUUUUGCUCAUGGCCACUCUCUUAGAAGUUCCAGGACCGAACCGUCUAAUUUCAGCAACUAUGUGAAGCAUAAUUUAAGAUCGCUAAGUGUUGCUGAUAUGGACCAGCCAAUUCAUGAAGAGAAAAGUCACCAGAACCGCUCUAGUCCACCUCCAGCUGCAGCGGCUCCUGAACAACGAAGCCAACGGCAUCCGGAUUUCUCAAGAGUGUUGAAGUUCCAUAAAUCGAUACUUUCCAUUGACAAACAUACCAGCGAUACCAACCUUGAAGUAGAAGUUUCUACUGGGGAGCCACAGGAAUGUUAUUCUGAUUUAUUUAAUAACCCGAAGAAUAAAGCCAUGGAUGGCCCUGUGGUUGGCCCAGAGCCGCCACAAUCAUCACAAAAGAACCGUCAGAAUAGUGUGGCGUACUCGAUGCUCACCGCCAGUACCGCGGUGAAUGAAUCAAGUGGGUUUGCCCCAUCACUCGGUAACGGGUCGUUUUUAAGCGAGACUUCAACCUUGACUGAUUUGAGCAUUUCAGCGACUCAAAGUACUACCAGCGUGGUGAAUGAACACCCGCAUCGUCGUCAUCGUCCACGGUUUGGGUUGUUGCAUGGUCACCAGAAGCAUAGUCAGCUUGGGGAAAGUGAACAAAAGUGA